UUACAGAUACAGAUGAUGUAUAUGCCCGUGUACUUGGUAUGCGCGGCGCUAAUAAUCGCGGUAAAAGGUGAAGAACUUUCGUCAUCAUCGAAUUAUUAUGGUGGUCAAAUAGAACCUGUGGAUUUGAUAACCGAACAAGAAACAAUGCGAUUCUUAUUUCCAAGACUUGCAAAGAUCCGACCGACAAGAAACUGGGACGAACAAUACUAUAACAUUCCAGACGUACAAUCUAACAGCAUCGAACAAAUUUCGUUAUCGUCCGAAGGACGUUUCAAAAGGACCGAAGGAUUGAAAGGAAAGCCAUCGCUUUCGUUUGUAAACUCCUUGGACGUGUUACGUAACAGGCUUAUGUUGGAGAUCACGCGAAAAAAGGCGCAAGAAGGUGUUAACCGCAAUCGAAAUCUUUUAUGUAAAAUCGGCAAGAGAUCUCCGUUGAUCGAUCAGGAAGGUUGCGAGGAUGUUAACGAUAAAAUAUUCCUACGUAAAUAUUAAAAAGAAAAAAUAAGAUAGAAAAAAUUCGUGGACGUUCUCUUUCGCUCCUAUUUCAGCUUUAUCAAAGAAAUAAAUAAAAAAAAAACAUAAAAAAAUACAAUGAGUAACGUAUAUUAUAAAUUACAAAAAAAAAAUAAGAUCUCUUCAAAAGAAUCAUGUAACAUUCCUAAAUAGUCUUAGAGGUAGCGGUUAGAAAAGAAACCGUACUUAAAAAAAUAAUUCCAGGUGUACUAGUCAUUAGAUUGUAAUGUUUUGUUGAGCAUAUUUAUUAUUUGUUUUAUUUUGGACAGUAUUAGCUUUACGGCCUACGAAACAGUAUUAAUUCCUAUUUAAAGCCGUGUCCACGAAGCUCUCUUCGUCUAUUUAUUCUUAAACAUUACCAGAUAUAAUAAAAAGAACAUUUAUUUUAAUGAGACUAAAAAAGCACAAGACCAGCAUCCUAUUAAGUGGACAUAACAACGAUUAACUUAUGUAAUAUACUACUUAGUGUCGAAAUGUAAUUUAUAUUAUUCGUUAAAUUUAUCAGCUAUUUAAAUUUUUUUUUCUUA